CUGUAUUACGGGGGGUGCUCGGCGGCAGUGAGGGAGGGAGGAGUUGGGUGUUGCCUCUGUCUCUGAGCCCUAGUACUGAUUCCCAGUCGAGAUUCAGCCCGUUACACGCCGCGACACCUGGCCUGCUACUGCUGCUGUCCUGUGAACUCAGUACCCGAAAAAUACCCGACUAACGGACCACCAUGGGAGUCGAAGGCUGCACAAAAUGCAUCAAGUACAUGCUUUUCUUGUUCAACUUCAUCUUCUGGCUUGCCGGAGGUGUCAUUCUGGGCGUGGCCCUGUGGUUGAGACACGACCCCAAGACCAGCAACCUGAUGGAACUGGAGAUUGAUGGAAAUCAGGCCCCCAACACCUUUUACAUCAGUGUCCACAUCCUGAUUGCAGUGGGCGCAGUGAUGAUGGUGGUCGGCUUCCUCGGUUGCUAUGGCGCCAUCCAGGAGUCCCAGUGUCUGCUGGGAACGUUCUUCGCCUGCCUCAUCAUCCUGUUCGCCUGCGAGGUUGCAGCUGGAAUCUGGGGCUUCAUGAACAAAGACACUGUUGCCACGGAGAUGAUCAGCUUCUACGACUCUGCGUAUGACAAGGCCAUAUCCUUCCCAGGGUUACCAGGAACAGAGAAGGACAACAAGGAGAAGGACGCCGUCACCGCUGUGCUCCGGGUCUUCCACGAGACUCUGAACUGCUGUGGUAAAAGCCAGACGUCGUCUUUCCUCACAGAAACCCUGGGCCUGACUAACCUCUGCUCCGCCAAUGGAACCCCAAUUGGUUGCCACCAGAGGAUCGAUGAGCUGUUCACAGUUAAGAUCGGCAUGAUCGGCAUCGCCGCUCUGGCGGUCGCAGUUAUUAUGAUCUUCGAGAUGAUCUUCAGCAUGGUGUUGUGCUGCGGGAUCCGCAACAGCCCGGUGUAUUAAAGCGAGGGGCCGACAGCCCGCUGGAGGAGGGAGGACCCCCGCGUUUCCGUCUCGCUCUUUCCCUUUUUUCUCUUAUAAGCAGGAAACGUCACGUAUUAUAUUGCUUGCUGGAUUUAGUCCGCUCUUUGAGAAGACAGCGUAACACAUUGAGCAUUUGAAUGACACUGUCCAUUCUUUUGUUGUCGGUCACACAUGCUGGUUUGCAUAUUGACCCGUGCUACCCUAACCUGAUAUGUAGAUAUCACACCAGUCCUGGUGCAUUAAUACUUUAGUGAUGCAUUAGUUGUUUACUGCUUCCUCGCGUAUGAACAUGCUCUUAUAUUCUUGGUUUUAUGGAUGUUUUUUCACUGUUUUAUGUAUAAACUGUAUAUAAAUAUAUAUAUUAACAGUGCUUUAUGACUGCCUCAGCAUGGAAAUUGUAUUACAGCAGAUCCUUCUCCUGUAUUCUUCCUGCACUCUGCUUGUUUGUCUCGCUCUAGACUGAACCAGAUGAUGGUGUGUGCAGAAACUGACUAAAGAAGGAAUUCUCAGUUAACCUUGUAAGCUGGAACCAAAGUCAAAGUGACCCGAUGUCUGUCAUGUUGGACCUGUGGAGUGUUUUGUCUUUGGCUGUCUGUCGCUCAUCAUGUGUCCAAACUGUCUGAGUGCUAAGUUGUAUAAAACAUUUAUGGAAGGGUAAUACAAUUGUAUCAAAUGAAAUCAAGUAAUGUACGUUCAAACCACACUUUGGCUUGUUUGGCCGGCCCGGCUUAUAAAUCCUCACCGGCAUCUCAAAUGUAGUGAAAAGGUUUCAUAUGAAUAUCAUAAGUCUGCAUAUCGUUUGUAUAAUAUGCUUAGCAGGCAGGAACAUGUCACCACCAGGCUUUUGCUGCUCUGAGAAAUCAUUAGUUCACCACUUGCAUUUGUUUGAUGCAAGUGGAUACAAUUAUUAUAAAUGAUACAUUUAAAAGGUUUUAUACAACUAUGCACUUAUUUGUGAAGGCAACGUGCUUAAUGUAAUAAUCAUCUCUCCCAAAUCAGAGGAAUUACAUUGAAAUAUGACCCAUCACAUUUCAACUCAAAUCAAGUUGGUGGAAAUAUCUGGUUGAGUCUGGUCUCGUGCGACCUGCUGUGUCAUAGUACUAUCUCUCCAGCUACUACCCUUAUCAUCACCAUCAAUCAAACUGUGAUUCCCAUUCCUGCCAGCAAAAAAAUAAAAUAAAAGUCAACCAGCCGAGACUCCGGGUAUUUAACCUGAAAAGAUGAAUAGUUCCAGCUUCACUCUGUUACUUUGUUAUUAAUCCCUUACCAAGAAGUAUUCAACUAUCAUGUUGUAACGUCAGUCUAACAAAGUGAUUUCACGGCUGUUGGAUUGGCUGUUUGCUGUUUACAGUGGUAAUAUGUGUACUAUAGGGCAGCUCGGUGACAUUGAAGGCAUAGUUUGGAUGUUUUUAGUGUUGUAUGAGAAGUCAGUGGAGGGUGUUUGGCAGACGCCCAGUUUGAAUAGAAAAAAGUUACAGUACAGAAGCUAAGCUAUCUACUACUGUGGAGCUGCAAAACAUUUGUUAUCUUCUUAAAAGAAAGGCCUACCUAUUCAAAUCAAUAUAAGUUUGGCUAUAUUUAUCUUGACCUUGCCUGCAGAUGGCCCAUUCCAACAGGAAACACCAGACUCCACUGACAAAAACGGUUAUUUUGGCCUUCAGAACAUGGGGGUUUCUUAAUUCAGUAGUUUCUGUUAUUGUGUGACUUUGGUACGUUUAUUACACCAAAGUCACACAAUAACACUAACUAACUGAUACAGUUAUAUAGAUGCAGUUUUUGUCAAUGGAGUCUGGUGGCUGAAUACAGCGUACAGUUAAAUUGAUAUUGACUUUUUCAGUGGGGCCUCCAUUUUAGAGCUUCUCAAAACAUGGGGGGUGCCAACCACCAUCCACUGGAAGUAGGAUAAGAACCUCAUAUCAUGAUCAGCCAAUCACAUGCUGUUUAUUGGAUACUGUUCUGUCCUGAGGUCUGUUCUCACUAGCUCCUGCUGCCGCUGACACUAACACACACCUGUACACAUCCAUCACACACUCACAUUAACUGAGUCAUCUUGUGUAACCUUCCAUAUUAUCACAGCUUUCCUCAACCAAGUAAAACCUUGUUAACAUCUCAUACUCAAACCAAGAAACAGUAAAGUGUCUUGUAAUAUUUACAGCUCUGACGUAUUAAUGAAAUCAUGAAGGCUGUAGAAAGACAAUGUAUGCCUUUUCUUCUUCUUCUUCUUGUAUUGUGAUAUCAGUGUUUGGUACGUUGUCAAAGGAGUCUGCGCAGAGAGGGGGAGAUUCUGUGCCAGUGGUGAAUAGUGACCUUCAAUAGUUUGUCCCCAGAAAUCAUUGGAAAACAUGACAACAGCCACCAGUCCAGUAUUCUCAAGACUUCUGUGUUUGUCAGGACCUGCUGUCCAUGUUGCUGCCUUUUUAAAAACAGGAAGUGACUCUCAGGAUCCUCUGCCACUGAAAUCUCAACCCCUCUCUCUUGUAGACUUUGGUUUGCCCAAAUAUAAAGGGAUUAAAUGUAUUUUACAAAUAAACAA